AUGGAAAUGGAGAAACAAGAUGCGAUAAGCAAAACUCCCGAAGAAAACAAAGAACUUAAUACCGAGGAAGACGUAACUUCAAGAGGAGACACUUUGAAGCCGUGGUGAGCCUUACUUAAACGCUUUAAUAUGGGACUACGUGUCUAUAGGGCUUUUUGCUUGAGACCAUGUGUUGUGUCAAGAAGACUGUGUUGAGGUUAUUUUCAGCUUUCUUUUCAAGACUGCAUAGCUUUCUCUACAUCCAUAUUUUAAUGAUCUAAAAGGUGAAAAGAAAAGAAGAACAUUAGCCGGUACUCUGACGUAGUCGCUUUUCACCUGAUUAAUACAAAGACGACAAGGAGGAUUUAAUAUACAUUUACACAUGGGGAUAAGCCGAAUUGUUAUUCAUAUCCUCCCAUACUACCCCCACGGAAUUUAGGAUUUCGACUACAUAUGAUAAAGAUCAAAAUGCUUUCUAAACGUGGCGGCUGUAUGGAAAAGUCCCAAAACUCUGCUGACUACAAUUUAUUAAUGAGUUUAUUUUUGAAAUUUGGAGUAAAAUUUAAAUGCACAUGUUUAUCAAUAUAUUCAAAGAAUAGCCUUCAUCUGUCAGGAAAAGAUGCUUGCAUAUUUGUCCGCGAAAAAGAUUAUCUGUUCCGAGAGCUUUCAGGAACACACAAUGUCCAAGGACAAAUAUACGAACAUGUAUUUUAGCCAAAUGGAAGAUUCUGCGCCUAUUGCCCUUCAAUAAUAUUUUUGAAACGCGCAGAACAAAAUAUGUUUACCACAACAAUUGGUACGGCCUUUUGUCAGUGUUUUCCUCUGCAACAACAGCAAAAAGUUCUCUUAAAUUGAAUUCAGUUGUAAACAAUAUCACCGGAUAUAAUCCAUCAAAUAAUUUUGUUCACAAUUGGUCUAAACGGAUAUACCCCAAGGGAUAUUCCCCAAUUAAAAACCCUACAUUUACAACGAUAAAUUAUCGUUAAAAACUUAAUUCGAGAUAGGAGAGCGUUUUGUGGUUAUUUCAGAAGAAGGGAUAUGUUUGUCUGCUCACAAAGUCGUAUCAGAGAACACUGUAUAGUGAACAUCGACAAAAGGUCAUCUAUUCGUAAACAUGUUUUGACGCGCGUUGCAAAAUAUUUAAAGGAUAAUAAACUCAAUGGUCUCUAUUUUGCUAUCUAUUUCUAUUAUUCUAAUAGUCUACUUGUCUAAGGACAUACAUCCAUGUUUUGUAGAACAGUAUUAUCAAACCUAAAAACAUUAGGGCUCUUCAAUUCUGAUUUUGGACUGCAUUGAUUUCUAGAUCUCCAUGCACUAUCUCUCAUCAAAAUUUACUUUUACUUGUUCAUCCUUUUUGCAGUGUUUAAGAUUUUGGCAUGAUACUGAUCCGAUAAGUGUUUCUUUCAUUUUUAGUGAGCCUCUUGAGAGAGCAAAGGAACUUGAUCAACUUGCAAUCCGUAGUUUAUCAGCAACGAAACAUGGCAAUGUUACAAGUGAAAAUGCCUCCCACGAUGAGAUUCAGGGGAGUUGCCAGCAGCUUAUCGAUGAUAUCAAUGCCAAAAGAAAGCGAGACACCGAUCUAUUGAACGGUAGAGUAAAAAUCCGGAAUAUUCUGAUUCUUUGCUUGAUCAAUGACUAUACUGUCUUAAUCUGUCAUGGCUGUUUCACCAUUUUUCUGAUUUAACCCUCAGAUAGAAAUAAUUUGCAAUCAAAGGGACACCUUAAGGGUGCAACGUUUUGUUCGUCAACGUAUUUGUAUUAUGGCUGCUGUUAACCUGAAGCUUUUGCGCAUUAGAUUAAUCUCACCCCGUUUUAGGAAACGUAUCUGAAUUGUAGCCCAAACUCUUGAGAGGGCCAGUAGGGUAAUUAUGGUAAAGGUAAUUUUGGUAAAAAGGUAAUUUUUCCCACCAGAUGAUUUCUCAUAGGGCACCAUCCACAACAAGACGAACUCUCUCGGUAUCGAAGGAACUGAGUUAUGAAUGCACUAGGAAACGUGACCUAUCGGUGCUAUGUGGUUGAAAAGAUCUUGUGAAUCUAGUCAGAUUUCCUUUUACCUGUAUUUGGGAAGCGACACAUUUUCUCUCCGAUUUGGAUUGAAUGAAUGUUUAAGUGUUGUCAUGCGAUGUUUGCCGACUGCCUUAAAAGCAUGUAUGUGAUUAUCACAUGCAAUUCUUCUCUUUUGCAUAGUUUAAGAGUCGCAUUUUACACCAACAGAGGGGCAAGGGUUAGUUUAUUUUUGACAUAAUAAAAAGAGAAAGCAGACCCUUUUUCUUGAACCUUCUUUUUAAUUGUCUAGCUCUUGACUUAAUUGAAUCCGAUAUGGAAGCAAUGACCUUCAUUUCCUUGAUUAAGCUGUAAAUGUCGAGAGCAGCGCCUUAAAUUUCUUAUCUAGUCGUUUCUUCUCGCUUUGCAACAAUGCAGAACGUAGUCGAGGCUUUUUAUUCGUUUAUCAUCCACACUUGGGAUGGUUGAUGAGCUUAACCUUUUAGGUCUCAAGAUCUGAUUUGUAAUUAUCCCUUCUAGCCUAUACAUAUUUUUUGUAGAUAAGUCAAAGUUCCGCAUUGAACUAAGUAACGUCUCGAAUACCGUUUUCGUGUAUAAUGAUAUCAAGUCCCACACAUUAUAGUAUCACAACAAAGAAAUGAGAACGAUUCAUUCACAAAAGCCGAUUUCUACUAAUCGUCAUAGGGAUGUAUAUCGUUAGAUUCUAAAGGUAAACACGUGUGCUUCUAUGAAGGGCAUAUACGUACAUACGCCCUAUCGAAGUAUAUGGACGUCACUCCCCUGAUGAACCGCAUAGUCUUCAGCGGAUUCGGGGGCCCAACGUCGCGUCAUCUUUCGUAAGUGUAGGUCCGUUGGAAGACACCCAUCGUCUGUUACAGUUUCCUGAGUAAUGUAGAUCGCCUUACUGAAAAACAUUUCAUGUUCUUAGAUUUCAAGAAAGCUCUCGAGGAACAAAUCAACGCUUCUUGUGGUGUUCUGGAAGAAAAUAUCGUUCAAACUUACGAAAGGCACAGCAAAACUAUUCAGGACAAACUUCAGGAAUUGUUUGCGGUUCUUGAAAGAAUAAGUAAGAUACUUAUUGUUCACAACCAUCAUUUUAAUCACUAAUUAAGACUUCAAAAUUACCACCGUGGCGACUUCCAUCUUAAAAUGGGCCAAAAUAUUCGAAACAAUUGUAUCUUGCAGAGACAGCCGUGAGAAUUAUGAAUGCAAUAUCAACUUCCCAUUCGAGAUGAUCCUUAGUGAAGAAAGAGUGAUAAAAAUUUGGAACUGAACUUUUUCAAAACAUGUUACCAACCCACAUAAUGAUGUUAAGAUAUCGUGACCUUAGUUAAAGAGGAGAAAAGGAUAAUUAAAACCGCGAGCUGUCUACGAAGACACGAUGGGUGCUAAUGGGAAAUUAAUCACUUUUCAAUUCAUCUGGAGCGCCUUUAUAUGAUAUCAUGUUGCGUAGCAGCUAUUUCGGACCGGACCGCUCCGCUUCUCAGAGGUUACCGCCGUAUGUGGGAGAGUGUGUGAAGAGUAUGUUGUAACUGAACACCGUAAAGCUGCUUUAUUGCAAGAUUAACAAAGCUUUGAUGAGGAUACUUGUAUACAGACCUGAUUUGCCCUCAGGUGUAAGAAUAUGGGCAACAUUAUCUGUGGUUCCUUUUAGGGACAAUCCCAAAUUGUUGUCUGUUGUCACGAGUUAUCGUGUUUUUGACCUCUUAACACACAUGUUUUCGAUUUUUUUUCCAUUUUGCCGUACUUGUCCAUCAUUCACCCUAGGUAUAACGCAACAACUGUUGACAAGACAAGUUGCUUUUUUUCCUUUCCUCUCGAAUCCGUCCCUUCAUACCAUACUGUAAGAUAUACAUGUUCUAAACCCCUUUGUUUUUCGUAGGUAAACUUGAAAAUGAACUGAUGGACUUCAAACAUUCCCUUGGUCUCCUCUAUAACGACAUGCAAGUUGUGUAG